AUGAACGGUGACACCCAGCCGAAGUUUCGCGAUGUGGGGGAGUAUACCGAGGAGAGCGAUACCGGCAGCGAGGAAGGCGAGGAGCACGAAGAAGGCCACAAGCGUCGCAGGACCGAGAAAGUGGUGCCGAUAGAGCAGCCCAAGUGGUCAAAUCCGGAUCCGUAUACUGCGUUACCACCGCCGUCGCAAUCAAACGGACCGAAAAAGGACAUCGUGGAGACGAUCCGGAAAGCGAAACUGGACACGAUGCUGGAUGCUGCGUCGAGUAAUCCUGUGAAGGACAAUAUCGAUUUCAUCUCAUUUGAUGACGAACCGGCCGUCGUCAGUCUUCUUUCUGAUAACGACGAUGAUCAAGCCAGUGUGGGAAGUAACCCAAUUGGACCCGGCAAGAAUCGGAAAAGAGCGUAUUCCCAAAUCUCUCCGGAUGACACGCUUGCCGGGAUCAUCACGGAGGAGUGGGAGCCAACAGGUUACAACCUGACGCCAUGGAUGCCACGUAGCGCAGAGUUCACAGCGAACGUUGGCCUGAAAUUACAUAAAGAGAUCGUCGACUUCUAUGAGUUCGUCAGACCAACCGAGUACGAACGCAUCGUCCGACAAGACAUCGCUACGAGGAUCCAGACGACUAUUCAAAAUUGGUACCAUGGCCGCGGUGUUCAGAUUUACUGCUUUGGCUCGUAUCCAGCUGGUCUGUAUCUGCCUAAUGCUGACAUGGAUCUGGUUGCACUCUCGCCACGAUACCUGGAUUCCGCCGUGCCAACCUUCUGCUUGGGAAUGCCGGAUAAGCGGAAGCUUCGGAGCGUACUACGCUCAGCAGGCAUUUUCGAUCCUGUAAAGGGCGCUGAUAUCAUUGCAUUCGCGAAAGUGCCCUUGAUUAAAUUUACCGACCUUCAAACUGGACUCAAGGUCGACAUCUCCUUCGAAAACCACACGGGGCUCACGGCUCAAGGGACACUGAAGAAAUGGAAAGAGCAGUUUCCAGAUAUGCCAAUACUCGUCGCCCUGAUCAAACAAUUCCUCUGCAUGCGCAACCUCAACGAAGUCUUCCACGGCGGCAUCGGCGGCUUCACCAUCAUCUGCCUCGUCGUCAGCAUGCUCCAACACAUGCCCGAAUCGCAAUCCUCCUCCCUCGAACCGCACACCCGCUAUGGCGAACUCCUCAUGAACUUCCUCGACCUGUACGGCAACAAAUUCAACUAUCGUGACACCGGCAUCAUCAUGGAACCGCCCUCCUACUUCGACAAACUUAAAGACCGCGACCGCAUCAACGUCAAAUACCAAGACGACCGCCUCACCAUCAUCGACCCGAAUCGCGCCGACAACGACAUCUCCGGCGGAUCCCGCCUCAUCGCCGAAGUCUUCGAUUGUUUCCGCGGCGCGCAUGCCCUGGUCCAAAGACGACUCAAUCAAAUUCGUCUUGGCAAGGCCAGCUCGGAGAGCAUCCUGGAAUGCAUCCUCGGCGGGAAUUAUUAUUCCUAUCUUGACACUCGUGCACGACUUCGACGCGUCUUCGAACGCAACUAUCCCGAUAGUGCGGAACACGUCCCCGCGGAAGAAUUGCAGCCUUCUAUGUAUGUGCCCUCCUCACGGCGUCGCUACUGA